AUGGCGCCUUUUACUCUUUUCAUACUUCUCUUUGCCUUCUUGAUGAACCCUCUCAUGGGCUUUGCCACAAAUGAAACCGACCUCGUCCAUGAAGACACUGUCUCGAACUUGAUCCAAACCAGGGGCCAAACUGUCACUGAUCUUAACUGGAUCGAGAGAUGGGCUGCUGUUGGCGAUAGUUACACCGCGGGCAUUGGAGCCGGAAGCUUGUACCGUGGCAAAAGCGAGGAUCAUGCAUGUUCUCGCUAUGAUCAAUCAUACCCCAUUGUUCUUAACCGCAUGUUUGGCCCUGGGAUCAAGUCAUUCUCGUUCAAGGCAUGCUCCGGUGCGCGUACCGCCGACAUCAAAGAGCAGAUCCGCAGCCUCGAUGAGAACAUGGACCUGGUUGUCUUGUCUGCCGGUGGGAACGACCUGUGUCUAUCCACUAUCAUUUCACGCUGCAUCAUGCUCCCACUGACUCAGAGUCGUUGUCAAGAUGUUAUCUCUCAGGCGCGCGACAGCAUCACCAGGGUCCUCGUGCCCAACGUCCGAGAGCUCCUCCAGGACCUACAGCCCAAGAUGAACAAAGAUGGAGUUGUCAUUUUCGUGCUGUAUGCUCAGUUCUUCAACGUAGAGAACGAGGAUUGCGCUAAGUACCAAGACUGGACGUUUGGCGGGUUGAGGAGGGAAGGGUUCAAACUAUCCACGGGCCGCCGCAGGGAGUUCAACGACCUCGUCGUCGACGUGAACAACGCAUUGAUAAAUCUGGCGGAAGAAUUCAGACAGGACGAGAACUCCUUCUAUUUCCGCACCGCUAAUUGGGACAAAUUCGUGGGUGACUAUAAAGGACGCUUCUGCGAGCCGGGCAGCUCGGGCGAAUACCCCGAACCCUCCCAGCCCAACCUGCAAUUCUUCAAACACUUCACCAAGAGAGAUCUCGAAAAAGACAUCGCAUCCAAGAGGGAUCUUGAGAACAGUAUUGACGCGCCUCCGCUGGCACUCAACGCGACGAUGUCCGUCCCAGAAAACAGCCUGGGACCCCGCGACAACAUCGCUCCCAACUGCCCCGGCGACGACGGUUUCAAACUCGGUUGGGGCCUCCCCGAUCGAUUCGGCAAAUACUUCCACCCCAACGAGAAAGGUCACAUCACGAUCGCCUCCUACGUCCUCGAGGCCAUUUAUGCGGCGCGCUCCGCCAUCCUGGGCCUUCCCCAACCCAUGUGCCACCUCGUGGACAAUUUCCAGUGCAAUGUACCCAACGAACGUGCGGACCUCGACGCCAGCAGACGAUACGCUGACGGACAAAUCCUCCACGACAACGCUCUAGCGUUUUGCACUGGAAUCUCCCCAUCCGGUGUUGACUGGACGGAGGAGAAGACUUUUGAAAUGGGGACGCCCGAGGAGCACACCUUCCUCAUCACCACCCGCAACGGCGCCCGCCACUACGACCAAGAAGAAUGUCUUGAAUCUUUCAACAAGAUUAUACACAGCUGCAAGACCUACGACGAUCUCUGGAAGUAUGGUGGCUACCAUGAGGAAAACAACCACCGCUACCAGAUCAGCAUCACCAAUGGUGGCUACCGGCGCCUGCCCCGUGGUCCCGUCAAGACCACCUGUGAGGCAAAGAGACAUGGCAAGUGGACCCACUACAAGUUCAAAGGGUACGGCGGUGCCACAGCCGGCGAGGGCAACAGGAGACUUUUCCCGUUCAUCAAACUCUGCGUCACCCCCGGUGACGUCCGGAAGACGCGAAAGCAACAGAAUGUGAGGGACUGGAACUUUUACUACUCCUACGAAGAAGGCCACGAGGAGGAUCCCGUUCCUGAGGGUUACGAAUGGCAGCUCAACUUCCGGGCUCCCGCUGGCUUUAUGGAACGAUGCUUCGGGAGCAACACGGUGCAAGAAAAUGUUGGCUUGGUAUGUAUUCUGUCUGUUGCUUUGUUCACGAUUCGCUAA